GACGAGUCGGGGGAAAAAUCAUGAGAUUGUCUCUGCCUCUUAAUACUGUUAUAAACCUCAGAAACCCUCUCCCUCUAUUAUCCCGCCAUUGUAGCUUGGGUCGUAGACCACUCGUCUCCUUUCGCAACUUCUCGAUUCUCUCUGUCGCUGCUGCUCCUCGGCAUCUGCAUUGUUAUUGGCCCCCGGCGACUAUGACGGCGGGGAAGGUGAUGUCGACGACGACUGUAGAAGGAGAGAAGAAGCAGCCGCCGGUUUCUGUCGAGGUGAAGGAUAGGAUCGACCUUACCGAGACGGAGCGAAAGAUAUUCGACCGGCUUCUGGCAACGGCUCGCUAUUUCAAUUUUGACACGCAGCUUCGUGUCGCCGGUGGGUGGGUGCGCGAUAAGCUGCUAGGCAAAGAUUGCGACGACAUCGACAUUGCCAUUGACAACAUGCUUGGAAGUGAAUUCCUGGAUAAGGUCUGCCUUUAUCUGUCUUCUACAGGGGAAACAGUACAGGGGAAGGCGGUUAUUGAAAGAAACCCUGAACAAUCCAAACAUUUGGAAACUGCAAGGAUGCGCCUUUUUGAUCUGUGGAUAGAUUUUGUCAAUUUGAGAUGUGAGGAAUACACAGAAAAUAGUCGGAUUCCUGUCAUGAAAUUUGGAUCUGCCAAAGAGGAUGCUUAUAGGAGAGAUUUAACUAUAAAUAGCCUGUUCUACAACAUUAACACUGGCUUGAUAGAAGAUUUUACAGAAAGAGGCAUUGACGACCUCGAAUCCGGAAGAAUUGUGACUCCAUUGCCUGCGAGAGCUACAUUUCUGGAUGAUCCCUUGCGAGUUCUUCGAGCUAUUCGCUUUGGUGCCAGGUUUGGUUUCGCCCUGGACAAAGAGCUAAAAGAAGCUGCUUCAAGUGAAGAAGUCAAGAUAGCUCUUGGACAGAAGAUUAGCAGAGAGCGGAUUGGCCAUGAAAUUGAUUUGAUGAUAUCCGGCAAUCGACCAGUUGCAGCGGCAACUUACAUUCACGAUUUGAAAUUAUUUUUUGUUGUAUUUGCUCUUCCAUCUUCGCCUGACCCUGCACCACUGGAGAAUUGUGAGAACCUCUGCCUAGCUGGCGUGGAUGGGUCAUGGAAACUCAUUCAAUCAAUUGGGUACAGCAAAUUCAGUAAUGAACAAAGAAGGCUUGCUCUGUAUGCUGCUCUGUUUCUCCCAUUUAGGAAAACUUUCUACAAGGAUAGUAAAGGCAAAAGGAUUCCUGUUGUCAACCACAUUUUCAAAGACUCUCUGAAGCUGAAAACCAGCGACUCCGAAACAGUUAUCAACAUACACCGUGCUGCGGAGAGAUUCCUAAAGUUGAUUCCUUCCCUUCAGUUGAAGAAGGAUGUACGAUUAGACGAACUCGACUGGGCAGUCGAUGUUCUUGAACACUGGAAAUCAAUCUCUCUACACGAUCCAGAGCUCCCAGAGACCUCAAAAGUGAGAGUACUCACAGGGUUUGUCCUCAGAGAAAUUAAAGAUUUCUGGCGUGUCUCCCUUGUGACAUCCUUGCUGUUGCAUACCGAAGAUAGAAGGGCUGCAGAUAUGGACAUCCAGCUGGACGAGAAACGGGAAAUGUAUCUAACGAUUCAGGACACAAUUCUUGAGCUUGGUCUUGAGAAAAUUUGGGACGUAAAACCGCUGGUGAAUGGGAAGGAGAUCAUGAACGUUCUUCAACUUAAAUCUGGAGGGCCUCUCAUCCGUGAAUGGCAGCAGAAAUUGGUCACAUGGCAGCUGGCCUACCCCAGUGGCAAAGCAGACGAAUGCAUCGAUUGGAUGAAAGAAACAAAUGCAAAACGGAUACGGACAGAGUGAUUCCCUAUUUGGAAUGGCAGUCAACUUUGUUAAUUUGUAUAACCCCCCGAUGUCCGAAACUGUUAGCAUACGAGGACUCUAUUUAAGCAGUUUUUGUUUGUGAGCUGUAGAAUCAAACAUACAACCAAAUGUUCUUUGUCAGGUUUUCGUGUGAAUAUAUUUGCCAAUUUCGUUGCACA